UUUUUAUCUUCUGUGUAGGAUUUGUAUCACAGUUUGUAAAUUACGGUCUCAUUUUUAAGCGAACAAUAAUAUUAUUACUGACCCCGGGAUGCAAUAUUUGUAAAGCGGAUAGUUGACAUUUCUAUGCUUUCAAUUUUAGUGUCUGUGUUUCUUAAGUAUUAAAUAAUAAUUGAAAAAAACGCAGUGUUAAGUAUUCACGUAACUCAGCAUUGGGUUUAAACACUGAUACUAAACAAGUGAAUAAAUCGGCAAUAAUAGUAUUUCUACGUGGUCCAAAAUAAUAUUUCUCCCCAAUAUCUCGAGAAAUUUCCAUAAAAUACAUUAUUUACUUGUCUUUGAUCUGUUUCGACGUUUUUAAAUUUACAAAAACGGUGUUGACAGGCUUUAGCAAAAACGUUUCACAUUUAUCGUUUCUACCUGUUAUCGAUAGCCGUAGGUUAAUUCUUACCCGUAACUCAUUGUAAAUUGAUGUUAAGGAAUUCUAUUUUGCUUUGAUUCGUAUUAAUAAAAGUAAUUGAGUCGAAUAUCCUUUUGACCGCGAAAGUAUGAUGCGCGAUCGUAAACGACGCUGUUGCAUUUUUGUAGAUGAAAUUUCAGAUAAAAAAAUUUUUUUAAACGGGGGGUUACGAGUUACGACCCAUGUAACUGGCUGCGCCCUGUGACUGUUAAUCUUGUGAAAAUUAAAAAUGAUCUAUAUGUAACAACAAAAGGAAUUUUAAUUUGUCUUUUUUCAGUACAAUGUAUAUCGAAAUUCAUUCGAAAUAAAAAAUUCAUGCUUGAGAAUUAUGUAACAAUGCUAAGUUAUUUGAAAAUAUUGUAAUAACAAUUUUCUGCUCAAAUUUAACCCAUUUUCAUAAAAUUCUAGUUUUGACUAAAUUCUAAAACUUGCACAUCCCGCAGAACAAUUUUAGUGUAUAUUUGUAUUUAUUGACGAAACAUUUUUGACGUGGGCCAUGUGACAGCAGUGACAAAGUGCAGAACUGAAUGUUUUUUACCUAGGUCAUCAAAUCCCAACUUGUUCUUUGACGAAAAAUACAACAGUAAUUCUUGAGAAGCAAUUUUAAAAUAACUGAAGGCUUUAUAUCUUACUUGAAGAAACGCCACUCAUGCAACAUAAUAAUAGGACUAUUAGAACUGUACACUUUCAUUCUUUAAUGCGUUUAAAGUAAGUAGAUUCGCAAUAUUCUGAUCACCUUUGGGUUUUCUCGGACUGCGGCACGCAAGACUUUUCAAGUUUUUGUGGCCCUUCAACCUUGCAAACAGGGACUAUCCUGCCACAGAUAGGUUUGCAGAUGACUUUCACCUUAUGAUACUGCUCCAAAGUGAGGAACAUUUUACAUUUUGUUCCAUUCAAUCUAUGAUAGUUAUACUGUGUAGUGCCAAUAAAUCUUGCUCAUAAUAUUGUAUUGGAUCCCAGCAACUCUUGUAAGCAUGUAAGUUUCGGUUAUAACAUUUUGUUCAUCAGUAUUUCAUGGCAGUAAUGUUCACAUGUGUGUGCAGGGGAUUAGCCAAUCAUUUUUUAGGAAGGUGAAGUUCUGAAAUUUUUAAUUUCCAAGUUAGACCGUAACAGCUAGUGGUUCGACUAGAGGCCAAGAGUAUUGAGAGUUGAAAAAUUGCUUUGUGAACCCCAAACUGGAGAGGGAGUGGUGAUUUUUUGUAGCUUUGGAGCCAGGACACACAGAAUAUGGGGCCACAGAAUAUGGUCACAUCCGAAAUAUUUUUUGUGUCAAUUUAACAAUAUACUGUAAGUAUUUUUUUGCAAAACUGAUCAAGUUUUUUUUCAAUUCUUUUUUUUAUUUUUAUUGAAAAUACGUUGAAAGUAUCAUUUCAUACCCAAAAUAUUUUUUGAGCUCUAAAAGCAAAUCUUGUUAACAUUUUGGGUCAAUUCAACUUUUUUAGUUAUCUUGCUGUCUCUUUUCUGGAAAGAGUAUCUAUCUAUCAAUGUUCUAAUUUUAUUUGAGACCCCAAGGUCAUGUUUGAAUUUUGUGACAAAUUUCGAAUUUUUCGGAACUCUAUUUGUAUUUUACUCACACGUAUACGGCAUUUUAUUGCAAUACUUACAUAAUGUUAUCAAAGUUUAUUCACAAGAAAUUGGAUACUGUAAUAAUAUACGGAAAUGUAAGGCCACGUUUGCAGAAUACAAUUAAAUUAUUUUUUCCAAUUUUAUAAAGGAACAUUUCUUAUGACAUCGAGUUUUCAAGCAGCAGGAUUUUGCUAGCAUGAUAGAAGUGUCCGACCGGUAUCAGUCUUGACUCCUGAAACUUCCCUUGGCCCAGUCCAAAAUUUUUUGUUUUAACCAUAAAUAAGAUAAGUUCCGGUAUAUAAUAUUAUAAAUAGGCUGGCCUGGCCCCAAAUUUUCUGUGGCCUGGCUUUAUUCUAGUUGCCUGCCUGCAAAACCAUGAAAAAGUUAUCUGCCCUCUGUGUGUACUAUAUUUUUUAUUGCAAUGAUUUCGUUUCAAUAUUUAUGACAUGCGAUAAGUGAACAUAGAACUGAUAUUAAAUGAAAUAAUACCGGUAUCAAAGAUUUAGGAUAUACAGUUAAAUAAAAUGGAUAUUGACAAUGGGGAAAAGGCGUCGUGUUCCAGUACAAUGGACAUGGAAGAAAAAACGAAUGCUUGUGAAAUAUGUGGAAAAUGUUUCAUAAGGCCAGAUUAUAUGAAAAUUCACAUUCGAGUCCAUACAGGUGAAAAACCAUAUGCUUGUGAAAUCUGUAGAAAAAAUUUCACAUGGCAUCAAACCUUGAAAUACCACAUGCGAAUACACAACAGGAAAACAUAUGUUCGUGUCUGUGAAAUAUGUGGAAAAGAUUUUAGAGAUCGAGGAAAAUUGAAAAACCACAUGCAAGUCCAUACUGGAGAAAAACCACAUGCUUGUAAAGUAUGUGGAAAAUAUUUCUCAAUGCCAAUCACUCUGAGAAACCACAUGCGAAUUCAUACUGGUGAAAGACCUUAUGUUUGUGGAAUAUGUGGAAAAGAUUUCAAAAUGGCUGAAACUUUGAAAUUUCACAUGCGAACACAUACCGGAGAAAAACCACAUGCUUGUAAGAUAUGUGGAAAGUAUUUUGCACAACCAAGUACCUUGAAAAGCCACAUAAAAACGCACAAUGGAGAAAAACCUUUUGCUUGUGAAAUAUGUAGAAAAGAUUUUGCAUGGUCAGGUAAUUUGAAAACCCACAUGCGAACGCAUACGGGAGAGAAACCUCAUGUUUGUAAAGUGUGUAGAAAAGAUUUUGCCAGGCUAAGUGAUUUGAAAGUGCACAUGCGAACGCAUACGGGGGAAAAACCUCAUGCCUGUGAAAUAUGUGGGAAAAGUUUUGCUUCACUUGGUAAUUUGAUAAGCCACAAACAAAUUCAUACCAGGACAAAGUCUAAUUCUUGUGAAGUAUGUGGGAAGAGUUUUGCAUGGUCAAGAAGUUUGAAAUACCACAUGCGAACACAUACUGGGGAAAAGCUUCUUGCUUGUGAAAUAUGUGGGAAAAAUUUUACAAGGCGUUAUUCUUUGAAAAGACACAUUUUAACACAUACCAGAGUGAAAUUUCAUGCUUGUGAAAUAUGUGGGAGAAAUUUUGCAAGGCGUGAUACUUUGAAAAGCCACAUGCGGAUUCAUACUGAAAAAAAAACCUCAUGCUUUUGAUAUAUGUGGGGAAGAUUUUUCAAGAUCAGAUUAUUUGAGGAGACACAUGAAGACUCAUAUAUUGUAAAUCCCUUUUUUUAAUUUUUUUUUUUUUAUUUUCUUCUCGCUUUAUUUUUUGUUGGAUCCGGAGUGUAUAACUUGCGGUUCACUGGUCACAACCUGGCCCACUAAGCAAUAUAGUGUGAGUGGCUCUUGUCAAUAGUUAGAUUAUUCCAGUUUUACACAAUGAUAGAUCUUUUGCCACUUUGCCCUGUGUCUUUAUUACUAAAAAUUUAAGCGAUAUUCUUGCCUUCACUCAUGACGCUCUAGUUGUCUCCAAUUUUUUAAUUUGUUGUGUACAUAGAAAAAAAAAUUCUUGUGUGACCCAGUAAAAUGUCUAAAGUUGGUUAUAUGGCCCACUGUUGAACUAUCGAAGCAAUGGCAAAACACAUAUCAUUUGUUAUUACUAGUUUUUUAUUAACUUAAUACUACUUCCUCAAGAGUACAGAGUAAUAAAAAUACUAAAUAUCUGUUCUUAUAUUACUGUGUAUGUUUUAUAUAUGAUCCACCUGUAUAGUCCUGUGAUAUGUCCAUACAUUGUUGUUUCGGUUCUCCAUUGCAUUUAUCUAACACUACUGAUUACUUUGUCAAACCAUUAUUUUUGCUCUGCAACUAUUUUUAGAGGCCGAAUUCAAAACAUGCAUGAUUUGAUUUUACCUGUUUGUUUCACUUUGUGUGUUUAUUGGAAAUUUCAGAUAUUCCACAAUUUUCGUUUGGUUUGUGUUAAUUGUAGGAGAUAAAUAAUCGUACAGAACUAGAGACAAAACCAGAAUUUUAUUUAACUGGAGUAUAAAUUUCAGAAUUAAUAAUGCUGUAAUCUUGUUUCAGUAUA